AUGUUUUAUAAAGUUACAACCCAGAAAAGGACAGGAAUUAUCUGCUCAAACUGUAGGACAGAGCAAACAACACUUUGGCGACGGAAUGUUCGUCAAGAGCCUGUUUGUAAUGCUUGUGGACUUUAUUAUAAAUUACACAAUCAACACCGACCUAUAAAUAUGAAAAAAGAUCAAAUACAGUCAAGAAAUAGAAAAUUAGGAAGUAAAUCAAAAAAAUUAGCAGCAAUGUCUUUAAAUAAUAUUGAAGAAUAUAAACAACAACAAGUAACUGAAAAUGGAAUAUUAGAACCUAAAUGCGAGCAAUCAGAAUCAGAAUUUUCUAAUAAUAAUCUUGGACAUAUCACUUCUGGAAACACCCCACCUCUAUUAAUUAAAGAUGCCCACAAUAUUAGCAACAAUUCUGACGGAAUAAAUACAUUAAUAGAUUCACAACCUUCAAUUGUUCCAUUUUCUGAUAAUCAACAACAACAACCUCCACAACUUUUCUGUUCAAAUUCAAUUAAUAUUCAUCAUCAUUAUCACCACCAUUCUCCCUCUGCCUUUCAACAGUUUGCAACAGCUGCGCUUUCUUCUGCUACUGGGCAAACAGCAUUUUUCCCAACUCCAAAUUGUGUUGUAAAUCCACAAUUAACAACAACAAAUAUUUGUCCAAUAACAACUACAGAUGUUGGGAAUUUUUUGCUUAAAAAUGAUAAAGCUACGAAUAGUGGGAUUUGGUGAAAAUUUUGUAGAGACUUUUCCUUUUAUAAAAAAAUUUUUUUGACUUGCCAAAUAAUUUGUAUUUUCUUGCCAAAAUAUAUAGGUAAAUAUUUCUAUCAUUUAUUUUCAUUAAAGUACAGUCGGGCCUCUCAUUAUAAAAAUAGGUACUUCUUUAGGUGG